UCACCCUGCGAUUAUUAUAGCCUCGAUUAUUAUAUGGCAGAAAAAGAAAAGAGUGACAAGUUUAGUGAACCUAUGGUAUGGAUUCGGAUCUAUAUUGCAAUAGCUUCUGGUUUGUGCAUCCUUGCCAUGGCGGCUGAUUUGUUGCAUGGUUUCCGAAAUAAAAAGUUUUGGUUUCCUUGCAAAUAUUUCUCUCUAAAUGCUGCCUCUAUCAUGGUCAUAACUGUCGCCAUGAAACUGCCAGUUGAUCUAAAUAGCCCGAUGCCAGGUUACCUGGACCAAGUAGCCAAGGUAGGAAGUUUGGCAUUCAUGUGCACGUUGAUGGCCAACUUAAUGCCUUCUUUGGCAUCUAUGGACGACAAGACACUGCUAGCAAACAUGAUAGGUUUGUGUAUUUUCGUUAUCACCAUGAUUGUGAAUAUAUGCAUUCAGAUAAAAACGGGUGUUAUUAUUGAUGAUAAUCUUUUCUAUGAGCCAACCAAAAUCUACUUCAGAUUCGCUAUUAUUGCAGGAGUCAAUACGGUUAUGAUCCUCUUGUUACUAAUAAUAAUGAUUGCUUCAUCUAUAACAAUUCCAACUUUUAAGGAAGUUUUAGAAUCUAAAUAUCGAGCCACAAACAAAAUAUCUUUAACUGAUCAACGUCUACCUGAUCAAAUGUCUAGAGUUGAGAAGCUAAGACAGCAUGUGAGAAGGUAUUGGGUCAUAGCAGAAACUGGUAGUCCUCAAUUUGGGAUGGCUAGUAAUCCAUUAUCCACUGCUUCUGGUGUAAUUUGUGUAAUGGUUUCGGUCAUAAACUUGGGUACGGUGUUCUACACUGUAAUUAAUCUUCAUGAAUUUGUGGGACGACUAUUUGAAGGUAGAUCACCAUACAAGUGGUCAAGAACUCUCAUUAUUAUAACACAGUACUUUGGAGUUGUGGUGGGAAUCAUUGCUCCUAUAAGUAGAUGUUUUUCAGUUUUCAGCUUCAAGUUGGGCGCUAAAUGGAAUAAGAAUUAUUUCAUGUUUUUAAAAGUUGAGAAAUACUGGAUCCAAAAGUUGCGUGUGUGGAAACAAAGCCCUAUACCAAUUCCAUCAAGAAAUCGAAGAUCUAGAAGUCUCGUCUACAAUUCAAGAAAUCUCUUUCUAAGCUUUUCUAUUGGAUUUCAAAAGGUGAUUGUCAUAUUGUGCAAAUUGAUAUGGCUCUUAGUGACAGUAGUCCCAGUAUUUGUGGUCAACUGUUUUACUUCACUCAACACCUCAAGAACUGAUGAUAUAGAUGAAGACAUCAGCAAGUACGUCUUACAAAUCGACAAUGAGAAAGAGCUUGCUGAAAAAACACUAAAGGGCAUUUCAAAAUCCAUGAAUUCGUUCAUAUCAAAGGCUGAGAAGGAACAAAACAACAAUCUUUUAGAGCUUCUCGAUAAAUUUACUGAAUUCGAAGGAGUACAGAUCUUCGACACUGAUCAUGUUCAAUCUCUGCUUCCUGCUGAAUUUGUAAACAGUUGGAGCUUACCAAUAGUAACCUUAACGUGCAUCGCUGUUUCCAUCCCAAAUAUUCAUACGCACGUAGCUGAGAGCAUGUUAAGAGGUGUUGGUGAAGGUCUUUCGUUCACCCAUCUUAUGGAAGAAAGCCUUAAUUGUUCAAGCGAAUAUGUAAAUCUUCGAAAGGCCAGUAUGUCCGUAUGGCAUGUGGUCGAAUACAUAUGCAAGUGGUUGGACAAUCCUCUAGCAAAACAUGUGUUUAAUGGGAAAGAUGCAACAGAGAUUGUUAAAUUCUUUUCUGAUAAAGCUAAAGAAAUCGUGACUGAAAUCUUAGCUAGUAACGAUGGAGAACAACCAGAGAACCCUCCUAAUGAGUUGAUUGCGGCCAAUUCAAUGUACCGAAUCACACAAACAAUCUUGCUUAGGUUUGAAAGCAACACAGAAUCAGUGACCAAAAAGCAGUUGUUUUCCCAUUUAGAAAGCAUGAUUGCGGACAUAUUCUGUGCUUGCUUCACAAACCUACCGCGAGUCAUAACAAUGAGAUGUCAUGAAAGUGUGAUAGAGAAAAGAGAGGCAAGUGUGAAGGUUGCAGCAAAGCUUUUUGGUAAGACUGCCAAGAUAAUAGAAAAACUAGAGAAAUGUGAUAAAGUACCAAGCAUGGAUGAAGACAAGAUGGCGUAUAUUGAUGAGUGGCGUGUUUAUAUGAAGCAAUCGAUUCCAUAAGGGCAAAGUACUGAGCAGCCACACAGAUUGUCCAUCAUAAAGCAUUCUAACAACUAUUUUUUUUUAUGUCUUUUCCUUCUUAUUUUGUUUUUCGCAAGUGUAUGGAAAUUUGGAAUUGACAAUGUAAAACUUUUGCUUGAUAUGCCACGCCGUUUGUAUUUCUGUGUA